UCGGAGGGAGCAGCAGAGAAAGCAGUGAAGAGCAAGCUGGAGUCCGCAGGUCCACCUGUUGUCUAAACCCGAUCAGACAGAUCUACUCUUCAUCUUCAUCUUUGUCUUCACCAUCAUCGCUCAUGUCUGUUCUUCCUCUGCGGGUUAAAAUGCUGCGGCAGAUCUGGAGGUUGAAAGGUGUCGUCAUCCUGUUCUGCAGCCCGUUCGUUCUGCUGCCACUUGCACUCAGCACCUCGGAGGCGGCCUGUGCUUAUGUCAUAGCCCUCAUGGCGGUGUACUGGUGCACCGAGGUGUUGCCACUGGCGGUGACAGCGCUGCUACCAACCAUCCUGUUUCCCCUUCUCGGCAUUAUGGAGUCCAAAGACGUGUGCAUGCAGUACCUGAAGGACACCAACAUGCUGUUUUUGGGGGGGCUGAUGGUGGCUGUGGCUGUGGAGCACUGGAACCUCCACAAACGCAUCGCGCUCAGAGUGCUGCUUCUGGUCGGCGUUCGGCCUGCACUGUUAAUGCUGGGAUUCAUGGGAGUCACAGCUUUCUUGUCCAUGUGGAUCAGCAACACAGCCACUACUGCCAUGAUGGUGCCGAUUGUGCAGGCCAUCCUGGAUCAGCUGAACAGCAACAUAGACCCCGCAACCUCCUCCGAGAGCCACAGCAGGACUGUGGCUGGACAUCAGGAACACCAGGAGAAGGCCAUUAGCAUCCAGCAAACCGCUGGGCUGAGCAUCCCAGAGAAAGGUGGGGAAAGACCGGAGCAGACACAGCAUAACCCAGAAGACAUAGUGUCACCUGAACAGGAAGUGACAUCAAAGGAUCCGAUGGACAACCAGGAGGUUGUAAAACCAAUGCCGCAAGACAAACCUCCAUCAGACCACAGCAGCAUCAGUCCAGUGGUCGUGAUCUUGGAGUGUCCCAAACACAUGGAACUGGAGGAUCUGAGUGACGAAGAAGAGGAGAAGAGGAGGAUGAGUAAAGGUCUCCUGCUGUGUGUGUGCUACGCUGCCAGCAUCGGAGGCAUCGCCACCCUGACAGGAACUGGGCCGAACCUGGUGCUGAUUGGACAGAUGAAGCAACUGUUUCCUCAGAAUGGCGAUGUGAUCAACUUUGCAUCAUGGUUUGCCUUCGCCUUCCCCAUCAUGGUGCUAAUGCUGACGCUGGCCUGGUUGUGGCUCCAGUUCCUAUUCAUCGGCUGCAACCUGCGGAAGACGUGGGGUUGUGGGUCGGUGCAGUCGGAGAAGGAAAAGGCGGCGUACCAAGUGAUCAGGAAGGAGCACGAUAGUCUGGGACCCAUGAGCUAUGGGGAGGUCAGUGUCUUGUCACUCUUCCUCCUCAUGGUAGUGCUGUGGUUCACACGAGACCCACGAUUCAUGGACGGCUGGGCCACCCACAUCUUCAACUCCAAAGCUGAGUUCGUCACCGACGCCACUGUCUCGCUGUUUGUUGCCAUUUUGUUGUUCAUUCUUCCCUCUGAGCCGCCAAAGUAUCUCUGCAGCUGGAGCGACAGCCACACAGGUAUCACAAACAGCAGACUCUUAUACCGUGGGUUAAUGUGCAUGUGGUCUCAGUUGAUGCAGCUUUUUUUUUUCAUCCAUUCAGAGAACCAGGCUUCCCGUGGCCCCGCCCCUCCUCUGCUCACCUGGCAGGUGACUCAGAAGAAGAUGCCAUGGAACAUUGUGCUGCUGCUGGGCGGAGGCUUCGCUCUGGCCAAAGGCAGCGAGGAGUCCGGUCUGUCCCGCUGGCUUGGUGCUCAGAUGACGCCACUCCACUCCAUCCCUCCGUGGGCCAUCGCCGUCAUCCUCUGCCUCCUCAUCGCCACCUUCACUGAGUGUGCGAGCAACGUGGCCACGGCAACGCUGUUCCUGCCAAUCCUCGCCUCCAUGUCCCAGUCUAUAAACUUGAACCCGCUGUACGUCAUGAUCCCCUGCACCCUCAGCGCCUCCUUCGCCUUCAUGCUGCCGGUGGCCACGCCCCCCAACGCCAUCGUCUUCUCCUCAGGGUUCCUCAAAGUGUCGGACAUGGCUAAGACGGGCGUGGUGAUGAACGUCAUCGGGAUUGGCUGCAUCAGUCUGGCCAUCAACAGCUGGGGGCGUGUCAUGUUCUCUCUCGACUCUUUCCCCUCCUGGGCCAACGCCACUGCACCAGUAUAGGACCGACGAUCUCCUGACAGCAGAGAAUCUCUUGUUCUGAGCCUCCAGAAGCACCAUUUAUCUUCUGGCUCUGGUUUCCCGAGUCUCUCUUCUCUUUCAGCUUAUUUCUCAUCAGUCCAAGACCAGUGAUUCUAACUAACUUUAAACCUUAUAUUUAUUCAUGAAAAACACCAUGAAAGGCCCAAAAUUGUAGUGAAUCUUAAUAUUAGACCAAGUACAACCUUUAAGGAACUAUAACAUAUGACUUUUUCACCGUCAUUAUUAAUUCAUCGUAAAAAAAAAAAGACGAAAAGGAAAAAGAUAAAUCUGGUGGAACCUAAGUACACCCUUCCUCCGGUCAUUUGGUUAAAGAGGAUAAGUGUCAUUCAGGUGCUGGAUUGAUCAUUGGCUGGUGUGCAGACUACAUGUUUUGGCAGUUUGCUGGUCUGAAGCAUUCAGGUGUGUAUAAACACAAUGACAAGAGAGAACAACAUCAGCAAAGCACUUAGAGAAGCAACUAAUGCUGACCAUCAAUCCGGAAAGUGUUAUAAAACCAUUUCCAAACUAUUUGGAGUUCACCAUUUAAAGUCAGAAACCCAAGAGCUCCGUCUCUGAACAUCCAGGUCUCACUGAGCAUGUUGAAUGUUGAAGUCCACAAUCAGAAGAAGACUGAACCGGGGCCGUUAGUUUCCGAGAGAAAACCUCUUCUAACAAGAACAUGGAAGCAGGAUUGAGGUUCACAAACCUGCACCUGAACAAACCAGCAGACCUCUGGACCAACAUCCUCUGGACACAUGAGACCAACAUGGAGAUGUUUGGUCUUUAUGUCCAGAACCAUGUUUAGAGAAAACCAGCAGAAACACCUCAGAGCCACUGUCAAGCAGGUGGUGGAGGGAUGAUGGUCUGGACCUGGACACUUGUCAGUCACUGUACCUAGACCAGGUACAGUGUAGAAAUGUUCAUUAGAUUAAAAUCAUAUGUAAAUUAUUGUUAAAUCACUCUUUAGUCUGCUGCUGAAAAAUCAGAAAGACAUCAGAAAGAGCUGAGAUUCACUGAAUAAUGUUUUGUUUGUAUUACAACUAUUAUUGAUGGUUAUUUUUUAAUCAAAACUGUGUUGAUUUGGGAAACCGGCUCUGGGUCAGUGUGCAGAAGAAGAAACACGUUUUCUCUCUGUGAACUGGAGUUUUUCUGUGUAAUUCGUAAAUAUACUGAAAGUUUUGUAUUGUUUUUCUAUUUAAACAUAUUUUAGUGCCAUGGUUGUUGUUUGUGUACGCAUUCCAGACUUUUGUACCAUCUUGUUACUAGUAGUUUUAAUUCUUGUUAAUAAAAGUUGAUCUAUGAGCAACUGCAUGAAGCAGGUAUCUUCAGUCCUUGAAGGCUUCUAGUCAGAGCCAACCAGAGGACACCAGUCGGGCUGUCUCAAGCCCACCAGCUUCUACCUCCUGUAGCAGCUGGGUCCUCCAGUUAAUUGUCUUGGAUCAUUCCAGGAACCUUCCUGUGGACUCGCUGGUCUAGUAGAUGGACUCUGAAAUGCGUGCUGCGAGAGUUGAAAUGUGUCAGAUCGGAACUCUGCUGGGACCUGAGCUUGUUCAGGCCCCAGUCAGCUCUGCCAGUAUUUUUUUAUGAAUGCUGUUAUGGUAGCUUGACACUUGAAAUUAGGAUCUUUAGACAUAUUUAUCUUACAGUGACUGAACCAAGUGUGUUCCAGUUGGCGUCCAGGGUGCUUCUUCCACCCAUUUCCCUUUCUGGAUUAACCAGAGUUGGACGGUAUCAGUUCAACAACAACUUGGUUCUUUUAGCCAAUCUUAAUAACUAACUUGUGGUGACUGAACGUGUUUCAGUAACUUCUAUACCUGCUCAUUCCACUUUUUUUUUUUUUAAUUAACUUUGGUAUUAACUUUGGUGGGCGGUCUCAGUUCCCUUAUAGUGUUUUGCAGUGAUGACAGAAAUGCUUCAAAACCACCUAUGGUUGACACGCAGGUGAUUUGUUCAUUCCUUUUUAUGCAGUCUCUCGCCUAAGUUUAAGACUGCAUAAGCGAUGGUUCAGGGCAUCCAAGCCAGCCCUAAACACAUGUUUUUUGUUUUUAAAAGUGGAAAGUUAAGCUUGUUCAUAAGAUGUUGGUUGUGUCUCUGCUGUCUGCCUGUCUGAUUGUGUGUUUUUUUUUUAAUCAAAUAAAAGAAAAUCCUGAUUUUACA